GCACCUCAACUAAAGGGAACCCACCGAUUGGUUUGUUGUCACGCGUGCCCCGUGAACGUUGAAUCCUGCUGUUUGGGGACGAGCAGUGCAGGCGGUGUUGUGACAAGGGCAAAAUAUAACCAGUAUAAUGGAAAACGAAUUCCCACCAGAGCCCAACAGUGCCAAAAAAGGAAGGGCAAUGAUUGCUUUGGACGAUGACAAUGAUGAUGAAGUUCUCAGUCCAACAGACCUGUCUGAGCUGUUGGCCGAGGGGACCAAGGAGGCCCACGACAGAGCAGAGAACUGCCAGUUUGUAAAAGAUUUCCUCAGGGGACGCAUUAAAAGAGAGCUGUUUAAGAGAGGCACAGCAGCUCUAUAUUUUGUCUACUCGGCUAUUGAGGAGGAGAUUGAGAAGAACAAAGACCAUCAUCAUAUCGCUCCAAUCUAUUUCCCCGUAGAGCUGCACCGGCGUGAGGCCCUGGCCCAGGACCUUGAGUAUUUCUAUGGAGAAGACUGGGAAAACCAGAUUAGCCUCUCUGCAGGCACCAAGCCUUAUGUGGACCGCAUCCAUGAGGUGGGGGAGAAGGACCCAGUGUUGUUAGUGGCCCACUCCUACACCCGCUACAUGGGUGAUCUCUCAGGUGGACAGAUCCUUAAGAAAGUGGCACAGAGGGCUUUAAAGCUCCCCUCAACAGGAGAAGGUCUCAAUUUCUACCAGUUUGAGGGAAUCCACAGUCACAAAGGCUUCAAGCAGCUUUACCGAAGCAGGAUGAAUGAGCUGGAACUGGACGCUGAGACCAAAGACAGGAUUGUGGAAGAAUCUAAUCAGGCUUUUGGCUUCAACAUGAUGGUAUUCACAGAACUUGAAGAGCUUGGAAAGACUAUCAAAGAGGAGGUCCAAGAUGCAGGGUUUGGACACAGUCAUGCAGAGAUGAUGGAGGGUGGAGAUAUCAACAAGUGUCCAUAUUAUGCAGCUAAAAUGGCUGUUAGUGGAAAUCCUACGCAUGCGUGCCAGUUAGCCAUGACACUUCUCAGACAUCUGCCCUGCCAGGUGGUUCUGGCUGCCUGGAUGGCCGCCCUGGCUGGGUUUACUGCCUGGUACUUUAUGUGACACAGCUUUCUACUUCAGAAACAGCUUAUGUCGGUGAAAGAGCUUUUGCAGUGAUGCAGUUGUUUGAAAAGCUAUUUUAUGAUGCAUGCACUUUGAGUUAAGCGACACUUUAUGGAUGUAGAAAUAUUAAAUGCAUACUCUUCUGUUAUGUUAUUAAAAUGUUUUUGAACAGUUUUAGUGUUAAGGACUCUUAUGAGAGUUGAACACUUGAGGCAAAGUAACCAACCAAGAGAGGACCUUGGUCAGGGAGGACUGUAAAUAUGCAAUAGAUUCUAAAAACAUGUUUCCACUUUGUUAUGGUGGAGUUUUUAUUGUAUACAUUUAAAGAUAAAUACAGUAAGGUGUGCAAAGACAAAGGAAGAAAAAUCUGUUUGAAUUCCUUCUGAAGCAACUCAACAUUAAAAUAUUUUGUGAACUAA